AUGCCUGCGCGGCUCUUCCCGCACCGCGACUGGAGCAACCAGUCUGCCGAGCAGCAGCUGCCCUUCACAGGCGACAGCGUCAACGACUCUGAGUUCGCCCACGACCAGCCGAACACGGACAUCGAAUCGCAAACGCACCCCCGCGCGCGCCGUAUAAGAGCGCAGUCCAACGCAUCCGCGACGCUAUCGCAGUCCUUCACGCGCAACCCCAUCCGCUCGUUUGCGCAUCAGACGUCCCAUGGCUUCACAGACACGCCGCAGUACUCGUCCCAGGGCGUCCGCGAGAGGAGCUCCCAGCUGGCCUCGUAUGCCCUCGACUCGGAGGAGUACCAGGACCGACCGCACCGCCACAGCUUCGCCGAGCCCGGAUCACCCGGACGACGGCCGACAUCUGAGCACAAUGAUGGCAGGGGCUCUAUCGACUCGGGACGAGAAGAUACUAUCGAGGAGGACAGCGAGGUAGAGACCCCGGUAACGGUGAUUGGAGGACCGCAGAAGGGCGCAGACCAGGGCUUCUUCAGCUGGCAAUCCACUGGGCGCAGGGCAUCUGCUGCUUCGAGAGGGCCAGAUGUCGUUGUCCAGGACACUGAGCGCACGCCGUUGCUGCCCACCCCGAGGCUGUCCCGUGCUGGCUCGCAGCCAGAGCAAAAGAGGGGCAAGGACAAGGGCAAGAGCAGGAGCCGCUCGCCUGGUAAGAGUCUCCCUCUGCGCGUCAAGGAGUCUUUCGCAAAUGGCCGCGAGCAUGUCCUUGGACUGAGUCGCACCCUGACCAACCCCAAGACCUACACCAAGGAUGCGGUCCUCACUGGCGCGCUGAGCAGCGCGCAGACGCUGACUGCCGUUUUCCUUGGAUUGCUCUUGAAUAUCUUGGACGCGCUUUCCUAUGGCUACAUUCUGUUUCCCCUUGGAGCUCCCGUGUUCAGCCAGACCGGUCCAGACGGCAUCUCCAUAUUCUUUGUCAGCUGCAUAGUGUCGCAGCUAUGCUACUCGCUUGGUCUGUCCAGUUUCCGUGGCGGUGUUGGUUCAGAGAUGAUCGAAGUCGUCCCCUUCUUCCACAAAAUGGCCUACUCCAUCAUGGAGCGCAUGGAGGGCGAGUCGCCUGAAGCCAUCAUGGCCACCACCAUCACAUCUUACUGCCUCAGCUCCAUCCUUACCGGCCUCAUCUUCCUCGCCCUCGGUGGUUUCAAACUCGGCACUCUGGUCAGCUUCUUCCCCAGACAUAUUCUGAUCGGCUGCAUUGGCGGUGUGGGCUUCUUCUUGUGCGUCACCGGUAUCGAGGUUUCUGCUCGCAUUGAGGGAAACCUGAACUACGAUCUUGCCACGCUCCAGAGGCUUUUCUCGGCCGAUACAUGGUACCUCUGGAUUAUCCCACUUGUCUUGGCCAUUUCGAUCAUGCUUAUGCAGCGCAUGGUAAAGAGUCCUUUCGUUUUGCCGGCGUUUUUCGUUCUCAUCUUUGCUACCUUCUAUGUGUUCGUCAAGGGCAUCUUCCGCGUCGAUCUGGAAGACGCUCGUAAUGCUGGCUGGAUCUUUGAGCAGCCCGAGGCGGGUGUCAAGUUCUACCGUUUCUAUUCUUACUUCAAAUUCUGGCUCAUCGAUGUAUCGGCGCUGGCUAGCUGCAUACCGACCAUGUUUGCCCUGUCGUUCUUCGGCAUCAUUCACGUGCCCAUCAAUGUGCCAGCCCUGGGUGCUGCGGUGAAAGAGGACAACCUUGAUGUCAAUCGCGAGCUGAUUGCGCAUGGUAUCUCCAAUACCCUCUCUGGAUUCGUUGGAAGUAUUCAGAACUACUUGGUUUACGCCAACAGCGUCAUGUUCAUUGCCAACGGUGGCGACAGCCGCAUCGCUGGCUCACUGCUGGCUCUUGCAACAGGUGCCGUAUGGAUCGCCGGUCCAGCAAUGAUUGGCUACAUUCCUAUCUGCUUGGUUGGCGCUCUCAUCUUCCUCCUCGGAAUCGACCUCAUGAAAGAGGCACUGUGGGACACAUUUGGCAAGUGCCACAAGCUCGAGUAUCUCACCAUCGUCGCCAUCGUCCUGAUCAUGGGCAUCCAUGAUUUCGUCGUGGGUAUCUUUGUGGGCAUAGUACUCGCCUGCGUGAGCUACGUGGUCCAGAGCUCACGUCACCCAGCUAUUCGCGGAUCAUACAGCGGCGUUGUGGCAGAAUCGACCGUGCGACGACCUCGAGCCGAUGUUCGUUACCUCAACAAGGUCCGAGGCCAGAUCCGUGUUGUGAAGCUGGGUGGCUUCCUCUUUUUUGGAACGAUCGUGUCUGUUGAAGAGAACCUACGAUCGCUGAUUGACGACGAUACCUUCGAGGAGCAACCAGUGAGCUUCAUCGUUGUCGACUUCACGCACGUCACCGCUGUCGACUUCUCUGGAUGUGAGGGCUUCCAGCGCAUUAAUCGAAUCCUCAACAGCAAGAACGUCAAGAUGAGUCUCUCUGGUGUCUCGUUCACCAAUGACGUGGGCAAGUCUCUUCAGAGUGUAGGUCUGCUCGAUGAGGCAGAGGAUGAGGGUGCGCCCCCGCCUCAGGUCUUUGAGGAUCUCAACACGGCACUUGAGUCUUGCGAGAACGAGCUCCUCGAAGUCUUCCACAGGCAUUGCAGCACGCAUGUCAAGAAGCGCCAGAUCACUCCACCCAUGUCCAUCAAUGGAGCCAAGAACCUCAGCUCUGAACCUAUUCCGUCCGGUGGCUCCCCAGCGUCAUCUCUCGGGCCAAGCUCACUCAACCCGGACUUUGCCUCACCUCGCCGUGGCGCACGCCUCAUGGCCGCUCGCUCCACCAUGCGCGAGUCUUCACAGAGCUCUCAUUCCCACUCCGACCUUUCUUUCCCGGACACCUCUAGCCACACCGAGUCCGCACCCUCCACACAGCUUGUUCCGUCGCGCUGGAAGAACUUCGCACAGCCUCUCCGGAUCAUCCUUCAGACCUUUGAAGACGUGUCGCCCAAGAAUGAAGACUUCUGGCAUAUCGCAGCACCAUACUUCUCGCGCCGCGAAUUUGCUGCUGGCUCACUUCUCUACUCACGGGGCGAUGACCCAGACGGCUUCUACAUCCUGGAGAAGGGACGUUUCCGCGCAGAGUACGAGCUUGAUCAGGGCAGCUUCUUUGAGGUCAUCUUGCCUGGAACAACUUGUGGGGAGCUGCCUUUUUUCAGUGAGACGGACCGCACUGGCACUGUGGCGGUUGAGAACGACAGUGUUGCGUGGCUGCUCACAAGAGAGCAAUUCAAUAAGCUGGAGAGGGAGGACCCGGAUGUUGCAAGGGAGAUGCUCAAGGUUGGCUUGAAGCUGACAAAGGAGAGGAUGGACGCCAUAACAAGCUAUGUGCUCGUCACUGCGUCGUAA